AUGCUCGACAUCGCCGACCUCAUACCCGAACGCGGUGGUGACCCGAAGAAGGUCAAGGAGAGUCAGAGACGACGGUUCGCGUCUGAAGAUAUCGUCGAUGAAGUUGUGGCCUUGUACGAGGAUGCCCGCCGGACACGCUACGAGGCUACCCAGGUCGGAUCGAAGAUCAAUGGCGUACAGAAGGAGAUUGGCAUGAAGAAGAGGAAUAAAGAAGAUGCGACGGACCUGCUUCAGGAAAAAGCAAAGCUGGAACAAGAGAAGAAAGCUAUCGAGGACCGGGCCGUGCAGUGCGAACAGCUUCGUGAUCGCCGUCUGAAGACUAUCGGGAACUACGUCGAUGCCUCUGUCCCCAUCGACAAGAACGAGGAUAACAACACCGUCAUCCGCACCUGGGCACCGCCAGACACCAAGGUAGAGAAGAAGGACUGUCUCUCUCACCACGAGGUCCUAUACCGUCUCGAUGGCUACGAUCCGGAGCGAGGUGUGAAAAUCGUCGGCCACAGAGGCUACUGUCUGACUGGAUACGGCCUGUUCCUCAACCUGGCGCUGGUCAACUAUGGACUCGAGUUCUUGUUCAAUAAGGGAUACAAGCCCAACCAGCCUCCUCACUUUAUGCUGAGGCAGUACAUGGCCAAGACCGCGCAGCUGGAGCAGUUCGACGAGGAGCUGUAUAAGGUGACUGAGAGCGAGGACCCGAGCACGGAUAAGUACUUGAUCGCUACCUCGGAGCAGCCCUUGUCUGCACUGCACGAUGGAGAGUGGAUUCUAGAGAAGGAGCUUCCUAUAAAAUACGCUGGAUACAGCACCUGCUACAGAAAGGAGGCCGGCGCACACGGUAAAGAUGCAUGGGGAAUCUUCCGUGUCCAUCAGUUCGAGAAGAUCGAACAAUUCCUCAUAACGAAGCCAGAGGACUCGUGGAAAGCGUUUGACGAAAUGAUCGAUACCUCUGAAGAGUUCUACAAAUCCCUCCGUAUCCCUUACCAAGUCAUCGCCAUCGUCUCCGGCGCCCUCAACAACGCCGCGUCCAAGAAACUCGAUCUGGAAGCCUGGUUCCCGUUCCAGGGCGAGUACAAGGAACUCGUCUCCUGCUCGAACUGCACGGACUACCAGACUCGCGAGCUGGAUAUACGGUUCGGAUCGAAGAAGUUAACCGACGUCAAGAAGAACUACUGCCACGCUCUGAACGCCACGCUGUGUGCCACCGAGCGAGCCCUGUGCUGUAUCCUCGAGAACUACCAGCAAGAAGAUGGCAUCAUCGUCCCCGAGGUCCUGCGCAAGUAUAUCCCCGGCAACCCCGAGUUCCUGCCGUACGUCAAGGAGCUGCCCAAGGACAGCACGUCGCAGAAAGUCAAGGCCAAGGGAGGCAAAGACGCGGGAAAGGCAGACGUGACCAAGGGAGUGCAGGACCUGAAGGUUUAG